UUGAAAAUAUAAACACAAGUGCUCAAACUCUAUAAUAUGCUAUAUUUCCAAAACAAUGCAUACCCGUCCAAAACAAAUGAUCGAGCUUAUAACCUCAACUUUCAGACAAAAGACUGCCAUUCUUAUUAAUUUUUAUUAAUGAUAUUGGUUUUUUCGACCCAGGCGGCGUAGCAGACGGUCUUUAUGCUAGGCGACAGUGAAGGCCGCACGGGUUUACGCAUCAAUGCCAAAAUGCCGGCGAGUGACCGGCCGUCGCUCCUUGCUUGGCUGAGCGAGCGAGCUGUGCAGGAAAUUCAAUAGUGCUCCACACCGCCUCGCCGGGGUGACCUAGUUUGUAACGCUUUCACAGCAGCCAUUGUUCGCUGGGUUUUUCUCUUUGUGACUUGAGUGCUGGGAAAAUUGUGUGAUUUCUUUGUCUCACAGGACAAGGGUUUGAGCCUUGGCUUGACCUGGAUGCCAGGGUCCUCAGCAUAGCUAGACAUAACAAUACAUAUGGUGGCUGACUCAUCAAAAUGGCCGCCGCAUCAAGCGGAAGAAAACUGUCUUCCCCGUCAGGAAAAGAUCUCGAAUCACUUGCCAUACAAUUUGGACAGUCUCUGAUGGAAUCAGAUUUAAAAGCCUCCAAUGGCACAGAUGGAGAAUAUGACCUUUCUUCAGAAGAUGACCAUGUGUACACCAAUGACGCAAGUAAGAGCAAUAAACAUUUCAGCAAGAAUGUUAAGGCCGAAGACAACACCUUAAGCAGCAGUCUGACAUCAACACACAUUAAUGUUGAAGGAAAGGUGUUUGUCUGCAAGGACUGUGGUUUGACGUACACAAAGGCGAGCUCGUUCAGUAACCACCGACUCGCCCACCACCCCUCCGUGUGCCCACAUUGUGGCCGUCGCUUUAGUAUGCCGGCCAGCCUGGAGUCACACCUGCAGCUGGUGUGUGAGCGCAAGGCUGGUACCGCUGAUGACAUCUUCCAGUGCCAUAUAUGCAAGAAGAGAUUGCAGACCAAGAAAAUCCUCCUGAGACAUCUGAGGCUUCAUCAAAACUCGGGCUCGUUUUGCUGCACAAUCUGCUUAAAAUCCUUCAGUCUUCCGGCAAGUUUGGAGUUUCACAUGAAAAGUCACGAUCUUCAGAAGCCCUUUAAGUGUAAACUGUGCUUCAUCACCUUUACUGAGAAGUCGACAGCAGUGCGACAUCUCAAGAGGCAGCAUGGGCUCACAAAAGACUUUAACCCUCUUAUUGAAAACCAUCUAGAACCUGAGAGCCCUAUUCAGCUGGCUGCAAAAAUCUCUGUUUCAAACCUGGGCCUUCUGUCGGUACAUCCACAGUAUACAAGUACUCCGACCGUAGAAACAGCAAAAAAAUGCCACACACCUUCAUUGAAAUCCCUUUUAGAGCAACCAUUAGCUUGUAUGAAGCCAUCUCCGAUAAGUCUGUUGACCAAGGGAAUUGAGAGUGAUACAAAGGUGAAACAUGAGGAAGUGUUCACGGAUACAGAAAGCCUUCAGAAUGGAUCACACAGUGACUUCGACAGCAACAAUGAGGAUUCACAAGGGACAGUUAGCCUGACUGGAAGACAAACAUACGUAUGUAAGAUCUGUGACCGAGUCUAUCACCAUUCAAGGUCACUGAAAAAACACAUGAAGAAACAUAAAACUGAGUCUGAGGUUUUUGAAUGCCAUAUUUGCCCAUAUAAAUGCGACUCAAAACGGGAUCUCAACACGCAUCUUAACAUGCACUCCGGUGUGAAGGGCUUUUCUUGUCCAAUGUGCAGCACGAUGUGUAUGCGUAAAUCAAGCGUACUGCGACAUAUUCGACAGACCCAUCACUAUAGCUUCGAACAGGCUCGGGAAAUCUUGAAAAUGCAUUUGGCAGAAAUUGAUUUAAGUGACCGGCUGUCGGACACCGAUCGGAUAGAUAACUCUAACUCAAACUCUGCUACAGACACUAAAUCUUUCCAAGACAGACUAGCCUCCCCUCAUUUCACUUGCAACAUUUGCAAGCAGAUAUUCCUGAAGUCGUAUCAGCUUGAGGAACAUCUUAAAACUGGACACGUAAGUUCGUCCAAGGACCGUAAGUUGACAGACCAUGCAGAGGGUUACAAAUGUCGAAUCUGUCUUGCCUUCUUCUCCAGCAACUCCGACCUUCAAGACCAUUUGCUAACAUACCACAGUCUGAGUCCUCAGCCGUCUGAUAAUGACUUAAAACAUGAGCUUGAACAUGACAGCUCGUCCAAUUCCAGUUUCACGCAUCCUUCGAAACUACCAAGGGCUCGCGGCUCAAAUGCCGAUAACUAUGACCACGAGAGCCUGUUCGACACAACUUUGAAUGUUGUCAUGGAAAAAGACAAGGAGGGUGUGCAGAAGGUCAUACGGGUCAUGCCGGAACGCGGGGCAAAACCUCCCGCCUAUUUGAACAUGUAUGAGGUGGACAAGAUAAAGUCGCCAGUGGAGAUUCCCAGUAAUGAUUUUAAGCCUUACAAGUGUACAAUGUGUGGGACAAAAUUUGUGGAAAAGUCUAGCGUCAGACGGCACUUGAAGAGGACCCAUCAUUAUUCAGCAGAACAAGCCAGGGAUUAUAUGAUUAAGAAUUCAUACACAAAAGAGACUCCUGUGAAAAUUGUUGGAGCUCUAAGUGAAGCCACUGAACCAAUGCCUGAUGAUCUGAAUGAUGACACGAAUGACGGGGUUGGCGAUUUGUCCGACAGAGAUGAAGAAGAAGAUAGAGAAGACAAACAAGUGCAGAGAGUUUUCCGAUGUACGGUGUGCAGAAAGAUGUUUGUUUUACGGUCCAGCGUUCGGCGACACAUGCGGAGGAUUCACAACUACACUGCUGAAGCUGCGAGAAACACUGUCAUAUUGCCUGAAGAAGGGGUGGUGUUCCACAGCAAGAACCGAAGGUCCAAUGAAGAUGCUAAAAAUUUGUCUGUCAAAGUGCUUUUGGAGGAAAAUGAAGGAAUCUCGGAUAUCAUCAGCACCAGGAGUGAGGGCAAUAAAGUCAGAGUAAAGGAAGAAAUAUGCUGCCGCAUUUGUGAAGCUAAAUUCACACAGAGGUUUGGUUUGAAGAGGCAUCUCAUUGGGGUUCACCAUCUCUCUGCAACAGAAGUGGAGGAAGUCAUCGAGGCAGAGACCGAAAAUCAACAAACUAAGUCAACUGAAACGUGUACCCUGUGUUUUACGGUUGUUGCGUCCCCAGAGAAGUUGAAACAACACCUAAUGAAGGUGCAUCGCGUAUCAGACACAGUUGCAAUCAGAUUAAUGCGAAAAGAGGCAAUGUCUGACUACACUGCAGAUAUUGAUGCAGAUCCUGGUGAACCGGGGGAAAUUGACAGUUAUCAGUCAGAGUUUGAGGUUGAAUCUUUAGAAGUAAACAAGAAACUGGAAAAAGAAGAUCUUGGCAUGGACAUGACACCAGAAACACUGCAGCAAGAGGAAGAUGAGUUGUUUGAAAACAAGGAAGCCCUGCUUGCUGAUUUGGAUUUUGAGGCAAUUAAUCCAUGGGGAACAGACGACAAAGCAGAAGAUGCACUGGGCAUGCUGAGUGGGGAUUCGUCACGAAUGGAUUUCAGUCUCUCUGGAUCAGAGCAUUUGGUUACGGAGAGUUCUGAAAAAGUACAUUUUGUCCAAGAUGGGGAGGAAAUUUCAAAAGGUAAUGGCUUGUUGGUCCCUGGGCCUUCCAUUUUCAUUCACAAGAAGUCGUAUGACUGUCCGAUCUGUGGUAAAAUGAUGAGCGAUGCAAGUGCGCGAUCGAAACACAUCAGACGACAUGAGGGUACGGCCGGUUUUAAGUGCGGACUUUGCGACAAAAUAUACCCACAAUUGAGGCUCAUUGAAAGCCAUCUGAAAACGCACGGUGGAUUUGGAGUGAAGUGUGGGAUCUGUUACAUAUACUGCGUUGAGCGCAAUGGCGGGAAACGACAUCUGCAGAGGAUGCAUAACAUGGACGUGACAUCAGAGACCUGUGACCAGUACAUUCAGUUGUGUACACUUGACACAGACAGCGUGCAGGAAUUGAACACAAACUACACUGUAGUGGACUUGUCAAAGGCGGAUGACAUUGUUGAAGUGGUGCCCAAUGUCUUACUGGGUCACAACGCAGACGUGGAGAAGUGGAAAGCGGGAGGUAUCUUUAAGCAUGAUAACAAAUCACAGUCAGUCGAAUGCGUGGCAAAUACACCUGUUGACAAUGACACAAAUCCAUGUGAAACAGAUGGAAAGUUGGUGGCUAAGACGAAAAUUGAUGCUGUUAUAACCAAUCUCCAUAAAAAGCUCCUGACCAAGCUGACUGAUCCAGAGAGUGACGACCUUACGGAUUCAGGGACCAAUGAUUCCAGUCUAUCAGUGUACAGCGCAAUAGCCGAGAUGAGCUCGCCCCUCAAACUGAAACUUACAAAGAAGAUCAAGACGGAAGAAAGUGAGCGCAGCAUUCAGAACCUUGCCUCAGACAGAGAUGUGAACGCUCAGACAUCACUGGGUGAAAAUGAUUCUGAAGACACUGUUGAAUUUGAUUUUCAGUCUAAAGUUGUAGAUGGUGAUACAGACUCUAAAGCUGGGAACGAUGCUAGGAGCAAUGACAUUGCAGCUCUUGAUCAAGAGAUAUUCAAAGCGCUGGCCCCCCACUUUGCUGCAGUCACGGUGGAUGGCAAUGGCUUGGAUGCUUUGGGGAAUGUCCUCACAGCUUUGUCGCAUGACGGUACGGGGAGAACGCAGAAAAGUAUGAGUAAGGCUACACCACACCUGGAGUGCUGGGAAUGUUCGAAGACGUACAGCAACUACAAGUCCUACAGAGAGCAUCAGCGCAAGAAGCAUCCAUUGAGCUGUUUCAAAUGUCGCAAGGUUUUUGUGGACCCUAUUCUUUACCAGAGUCACAUGGCCAGUCAUGGGGAGGGGAAUCGAACGCCCAAGAACCAUGACUGCCCUGUCUGUGGGAGAGAGUUCAAAGACGCGAGUUCUCGGGCCAAGCACCUUCGACUUCACACAGGGGAGAAACCUUACAGGUGUGAACAGUGUGACAAGAGAUUCACCCAGACAGGUCAUCUUGCCUCUCACAUGCGUAUACAUAACGGGGAAAAACCGUUCGACUGCAAACUCUGCGGGAAAUUCUUCACAGAGAAAUCAUCCGUCAAGCGGCACCUGCGGAAAAUGCACUUCAACCAGUAUAAUAAGAAGUGUACUGUUUGUGGGGUGAUCUCAAAGACUCGCGAGGAGCACCGCGAACAUAUCCUUACUCAUAAACAGAAAGUGUACACUUGUGAGGUUUGUGCGAAAGAUUUUAUGGAUUCCCGGGCGUUAAAGGUGCACACAUUUAAUGCUCAUUCCCAAAUGACACAGUCAGAACGUAUGCGGGAAUACCAUUGCCACGAGUGUGACAAGCAGUUCUUUUCGUCGAAGGGAUUGAAGAAUCACAUGAAAAUGCAUUCUGCGGAUUUCCGGAUGUUUAGCUGUGACAUCUGUAGUAAGCUUUUUGUCACUCCACAAGGCCUGGAGAGCCAUCUGCGGUCUCACGCAACAGUGAAGGAGCAUUUCUGUGAGAUUUGUAACAAACAGUUCAACAGCUCAGCGUAUGCUGCAUUCCAUAAGAAACAGCAUGUUCUUGAGAAACUCACCUCUAUUAUGGCUGCAAAGGAGGGGGAGAGUAAAUUAUCAGAAUUUCAGAACCCAGAAUCAAGUGGGAAUGAAAUGUUCCGGGUUAAACAAGAACUGGAGGAGGACAGUGAUGAGACCUCUAAAUAUGUGUUAGCCGAGAAGCUAGACUUCAAGGCAAUUCAGUCAGCAUUCUAUGAUUAUGUGGUCAGAUUUCAAGAUUUCAGUACAUAUUCAUGUUUCUAUUUCCUGAAAUCGGACGAAGAGGGGAACAGUAAAGGGGAAGACAAUGACAGUCAAGAUUCGGAGAAAAUUGCGUCGUUCCUUGUAUCAGACGGUGACAAGAAGGGGAAAGGAUUUGCAAUGUACCGCUGUAACUUGUGUCGCACUUUCAAGCUGCGGAAACGAGAGAUACUUCGCCAUUAUGAAAACGUCCACUGUCGAAAGGAGAAUUACCCUUGUUCUGAAUGUUCAGCAAUACUGCCGACGCGUGUGUUACUUGGGAUUCACAUGAAGCGUGUCCACCCAUUACUGGCCAGCAUCAACAUGUUCCGGUGUCAGAUCUGCAACAAAGGCUUCAGCCAUAGGGCGGCUCUCCGUAAACACGAGCGUCGACAUUCCGGCAACUUGCCCUUCGCUUGCUCCAAAUGUGGCCGUCGCUUCUUGACACGUCAUGCAAUGGUAUUCCAUAUGGAGGCACAUCUCUCCAAGCGGUACGAGUGCAACAAGUGUGGCACAAAGUUUGUACACCAAAGAUCGUACGACCAGCACCAGAGGGCCAUGUGCCUUGGACAUCGCAAGCGCAUCGCUGCAAGAAAACGCCUAAUGCGUAUUCCUGACGUUCGUCACGGCAAAGGGAGACUGGUGUGUGUUUACUGCCAAAAGGAGUGCAGCAAUGUUCAGGCCAUGGAGAUUCACGUGAUGCACAGUCAUCCGGAACAUUCAGGUGACAUGUUGGACGCAUAUGUUGUCCAGGGUGAUGUGAUGAAUGUUACGAGGGAUGUGAGUACACCGAGCGAACUGGUGGCUGAUGAACAAAUGAUUCGUUGUAACGCUAUGAAGUUGGAAAAUGUCACGGAAUGAGGGGGUUCACAUCUCUUGAGGCAUUCUUACAGUGCUUGAAGAUGUUUCAAGUUUAUGAAAAUAAAAAUAUGUGACUAACACAUGUCUAAAUAAUUACAAUAACACUGUGCAUAAUCAGGACUCAGCCUACGUUCAAAUUUAAGAGAGAAGUGACUUCUCCCUCACCUGAAUAAGGGAGAAGUGAGGCAACUGAAAGGCGAAGUGGGUUCUGUUCAGCAUUCAAUCAACUCUUCACUAUUACAUUCCCCUCAUUCACACCACACCCAUUAUCAUUACUAAGAAACAACUCAGAUUUGGUAGUCUGGGUGAAAAUAAGACACUUUAGUGUAAAUGUUGUGUUAUUAAAGUACUGAACUGAAUCUAAUUAACAUAUUAUAGGUCAAUUUCUGGCUCAAAGUAAAUCUCAAAGUAUAGUGCAGGACUAGGUCUGAAGUCCCGUUUGCAAAAUUGGGUUGGGAGAUUUUCUCACUUGAUGUGAGUUAAUUAGUCCUUAUACAUGAUAAAUCACCGAGGUGCUCGUCCGUUACACUGCCAGGAGCCUCAAAUAGUAGUAGAAGUCAUUAUAUACAGUAUGUCCAGGGAGAAGUUAUCUCCAAUGUGACGUGUCCAUCACAACUGAGCCCUGAUAUUUUACUGACUGCAAAAAUAAACCCUUUUUUAGUCAGAAAUAAUAACAGCAUGAAAAUAUGAAGUACAAAAUAUGGAUUAGAAAAGAAAACACUUCAGAUAUUAAGAGAAAAUGAUCAUCUAAAACAUCUGAUUCUAUGGUAAAUUCAGUACGCUACAUAAAUAAUUAAUGAGAGAUCUGACUAAAGCAUUUAUCAUUUUGAAAAAAAGGUGGAUGCUGAAAUGCUCUUUUAUUUAGAAAAUUCUAUACAAAAAUAUGAGGACUUAAUUUGGAACUUCUUUGUUUCAAAAAUACUUCAACAUUUAGGCCGUUGAAAUAAUACACAUAAUGAUCAUGGAUUUAUCAAUGUCAAGGACACUUAUUACUGAUACUGCUGUUUAAUUUUUUUAAAGAUCAAUUAUGUAUAUUCUAGUCCUGGCUGUUACUACAUGUUUCAAAUGAAAAACUAAUGAAGUACAUAAUUGCCUCAAAACAGUUACAAGGCUUUAUCCAUAUGUACAAUAUUAACUACGUAAUUUCAGCGGUCAAACCAAACAUGUAUCUGGUCUUUUUUACAGACUCGCCUUGUAUUUAUCUUCAAUAUUUUUACUUACAGUAACAAUAUUUGUAAAGUUGUAUUUUAACUAAAUUUAACUUAUGAAUCAAAUUUAUACUGUGAAAUAAAAAAAAUACUUUAACAUAAGUACUGUACUCUUGAAAGUGGGGCAUUAGUGAUUGGGACACAUCUCUUGUUCUUUUUUGAAAUGUUAUUCAACAACAAAAAUAUGUAAAAUGUUCAUAUUGGAACAAAUUCCCCUGAACAUUUAAAAAUGUUCCAUAGAUCUCGAGUCAAAGUUUGGUGUGAUCAAAAUAGAAAUAAUGCCCACACACAGGUGAAAGAGCCUACCAUAUAGGAAUUUAGUGUUAAGAGUCUUUGUUGUGAAAUAGGUGUAAUAUAGCUAGUUUUUACUACCUCAAAACAUAUUGUGGUAUAUUGAGAAACUUCAUUCCCUCUCAUUUUUUCCUCAUAUAUAACUGUUCAUCAUUAAAUGUGUAUCAUGAUUAGUAGGGAUGCAGCAGGUUGCAUUUUGUCGUAAAGAUUUACUUUAAUCUUUUGGUUUAAUAUGCAUUUUCUGUUGAAUAAAUCUUUCAAAUUGCUAAUAUUCAACCUAUUAAUGCUGUUUUUUUCCUUAAAACAACAUGCCACAACAAAAAUCGAAGAAAAUCACUAGAGUGUUAAAAAAACACAAAGUGAACUGAUAAAGCAAUAAACCAGUACCUUUGUUGAAACUUUAACAUUUUAAGGUUUGUUCAGGUACUCUUUAUUUUAAGUGUUUAAAUAAUAGUUUAAGUGGUUAAUAUUUUAGUUUAUACCUGUUGCAUCUCAAUUAUUAGGCAUUUAUUUGUUGUAUGUGCUCAUGUCUUUCUGUGUCAGAGUUUUUCUGUUUUUGAAUGUUUGUAUGUUGCUAUUUAUUUGUUUGUUUACUCUAGUCAUUGAGGCGUUGUGCUUUAAGGGAAUGUAUUUGUGGUGAAUAAAGAAUUCCUUAAAAAUGUGUGAACUAAUCAGUCUUACAGUUCCUAGAUAGACAGACUAAUUUAAUUAACAAUUCAGUCCUCUUUCUUUCUUAUUGAAUAUUAUCAUUAUGUAAAAGGUUUAUGUUGGUGCUUGACCUUGUAAUUGUUUUCUAACUGAACUGUUAAGGUCUUCAGUUUAAACCUAUUUUUUAAUUCAAGUAGUUUUCAUCCAAUAUCUUCACCAAACUUAGUCAGAAGUUUUAUCUAGAUGAUCUCAAGGCCAAAUUCGAACAUGGGCCAUGCCGGGCCAAAAACUAGGUCAUGGGGUCACUUAGUACGUUUUACACAUUCAGCAUGGUGUCUGCUCUCUAAUUCAAGUAGUUUUCAUCGGAUCUUCACCACACUUGGUCAGAAGUUGUAUCUAGUUAUCUUUUCUAUUACUUUUGAAAUUAUGAUAUGGCAAUACAAAACACUAUAGAAAACAAUAGGAUGUUGUACUUCAACAUGAACACAUCAUUACAGAAAUACUAUAUUGGAUUUGAAAGAAUAUUGGGAUAUUAGUUGUAAAUCUAGUUGUUAUAUAAUUUUAUGGUUUAGUUUGGGUUCCUCUUUUGUGACGAGUUAAAAAUCAGUCAAAACAAUUAUAUAUAUUCAAACUGUGUGAAUUUAUUACCAAAGUUUUGCAUUUUAAUAGAUAAAUAUGUUGUAUUUGGUAAAAUAUGACCUGUGGGUAAUGCUACAUUUAUGUUUUAUUCCCAAACAAGAGCUGUGUUUGUGAAGCACAAUGCCCCCUACUGCGCUUUGAAGCCACACAGCAGCUAUUUUAGAAACAAGGUAAUAUUUUGAAUGUAAAGGUCACAUUGACCUUGACUUUUGACAUAGUGACCUCAAACUAUGUUUGAUUGUAGAUCUCAAUGAGAUGCAUGCACAUGUGAGUUAAAAGAACAUAGACCCAAGAGUUUUCAUUUUAUGAGCAAGGUUAAAGUUUUGGGACAGACACACACAUACAAUGACAGACAGACUGGCCAAAAACAAUAUACCCGCUGAUCAUUCGCUGCAACAUCCCUCAAUUCCUAUAUUAUAAUUUCAGUUUUCAUUGAAAUCUUGUAUAGAAAGCAAUGAAACUACAAAAGAAAUCAGUAGAAAUAUGUGUUAUUGUCCUUUUCUUUAAGAACAGAACACCAACUAUAGGCAUUCAAUGAUUUAAACUGAGAUCACCACAUUUGAACAGUUUAAAUUAAAAUCAUUAGGUUAUUAACCUUGCAUGAAUUGCAUGAAUUAUAAGUCACAUCCACUAAUCACUUUGUUAAUGCCACACACCUUGAAAUGAAGUACAUGUAAAUCAAUACAUAUAGAUGCAAUUUGAAAGUGUGCACAUUUGUCAUUAAAUAUAUAGCCUAAUAAGCAAGUAAUUUAUUAUUUUUCUAAAUUUUAAAACUGAAAGUAGGAUUUCUUUACUUAUACGUCCAUUUCGACAAACGCGAUUAUUUUUAAGUUGUAAAGCGCAAAAAAGACGGAAUUCUACCUUGUAACCACCAGAUAUAUUAUAAUUGAGAUAGAUAAAAUUAAAUCUAUAGACUAGUUAGCAAGUAAUUUAUUAUUUUUCAAACAGUACUGCUUUUAAAACCGAAAGUUAGAUUUCUAGACGUAUACGUCCAUUUCGACAAGCGCGAUUAUUUUAAAGUUUUAGAGCGCAAAAGAGAGGGAUUUCUACCUUGUAACCACCAGAUAUAUUCUAAUUGACAUAGAUAAAAUAUGUUUCUUAUUUAUACUUAAAUUUACUAUGCCAUGUAUUUCAUUUCAGGGUGUGUGGCUUUAAUUGAUAGUACUUGAACGAACAAUAUGUGAAACACAUGUCAUUUUAAUAUUUCCAGAACAAAUAAACUCCCAUUAUUAUUAUAUGUAAAAAGCAAUUGUAUACAAAUAAAUUUCUCUUAUAUCAGUGGACACAGAUGUUUGAUAAAAGCAAUUGUAAAUGACUUUUUAUAUUUGCCAUAAUUUAACUCUCUUACAGUUUACUUGGAAUCUAGCAGACUUGCCUUUGAAAGGAUUUGGUAUUAUGUGUUGGUAGAAAAUUAGGUUUUUGAAAUUAUUUAUUAAUUUCAUUCAUCCUACGCCUGAAAGCCUAAAUUUAUACCAAUGUGUAGGCCACUUAGUUUAGUUCUUAAGACCUUGACAUGUACUGUCUUAUUUCACUGAUUACUUUUCCUUAUAAGAAAUUAAACAUGUGCAUCCUUUUCUAUUGAGUUUUGAAGUAUAUAUAUAUAUAUAAGUUUGCUGGAUAUCUUAUGUACAUGUACAUAGCCUCUGCUAUCAUGUGGAAUACUAAUGCAGAAAAUAAUUAUUUUGUUGGAUGAAAUAGUGUUAUUUUUACUACUAACUGAUCAGUUGGAAUUUUUAUUGCAACACAGAUGUUUCAUUUGUAUUUUUAGUCAAUGUUUUGACGAUUUGGAAUUUUUUAUUGCACAACAAAUAUGUUCUGUUUUAAUUAUUACAAAUGUAGUUAAUGUUUUGAUUAUUCAGAUUUUUUAUUGCAACAACAAAAAAUAAUAUGUUUCGUUUUUAUUCGGAAUUUUUGACGGUUAUUAUUCCCAUACCUGUUUCACCGGAGGUUUACCCCAUGUAUGUCUAUUUGUCUGUCUGUUCAUUAAAAAAAAUCUGGAUCCUGCAAUAAAUGAAAAAGUACUUAAUUUGGGUUGAUUUGAUUGGUAUGUGUAUUGAAUGCCAUAUCAGGAAUGUGUAAAUUACCUCAUUUUUUUCAUUUAAUAAACUUGUAGUUUUUGUGGGUACAAAAAUAAUUUUAAAAAGUUAAAAUUGGAUCUUUCCACAAAUCAAUAGUUGCUUACGGUAAGCUAAGUUGAUAAAACUAGCCAUUGGAUACAGAGAUACUUUUUUGUAAACCACACUCUAAUGUUUAGUUCAAUGUUUUUUUAUUCAUAUUUACAUUUGAUAUUUUAUAACUAAUUAAAUGUAUUUGAAGUGCAAUAAUGGAGUACUUUUUCAUAUUUUGUUGGUUUAUUUUUUCCAGUUGGCACAAAGUACUGCAAGUACAGAGAUGUUUUGUUAUGCUUUGAUUAAGAUAUGGAGACCAUGCUCUAUUUUAUAAUCCAUUAUUUGUUUUAUUUUGUUAAGUAUAAAUGUACAGUGUACAUUUGAUAAACCGUAUACAUGUACAUGCUAAGCUUAACAUAACAUACGUAAAAUGAGUGGAUUGCUCAGUCAUACGUCAUAAGUGUGAAUCACAUUUUACCAUGCCAAUUAUGUACACAAAUGGUCAUAAUGUAUAUAUUGACCGGUGGAUGUUUUUGUUAAAUGCAAAUAAACGUUGUUGCUCUUC